ACGCAGGCUCUCGUCGGGUGUAAACGUGCUUGGCGGUCUUGAACAACGCGAUAAAGAUAGAAGACCACUUGUCGAAGCUUCUUUCAAUUCUUUCUUGUUCCUGUCUCUUUUAUCAUUGUUGCUAAUCGCCGAUACAGGGAGAGACUCAAGAACCCUUCUCGUGGUCUCGUUCUAUUCGAAAGUUACGCGCUUGCAGCGAGAGCGAGAACAAAGGACGAAGCGUAUUUAUCGGAGCGACAAAGUUUUCUACGUUUGAAGUAAAUAAAGGGGAAGAUGGCAGAGGACAAGAACGAGACCAGCCCGAGCGCCGAGGGUGAAAAGCCGCCGCAGGAAGCGACGCCGUCAAAGCAGGAAAAAGAGGAGCCGAAGGAAAGCAAGGAAGAGGAGAAGAAAGUCGAGGAGAAUGGCGAUGGUGAGAAACCGAAAGAGAACGGCGAGGAGAAACCCACGCCAGAGCCGAAGGACAUGCGGGCCAUAGUACUGAAUGGUUUCGGCGGACUAAAAAGUGUCAAGGCUCUGAAGAAGCCUGAGCCCACCCUCGCCGAAGGAGAGGUCCUUAUCCGCGUCAAAGCAUGCGGACUAAAUUUCCAAGAUCUGAUGGCGAGACAGGGUGCUAUCGAUUCCCCACCAAAAACUCCUUUCAUUAUGGGAUCCGAGUGCGCAGGUGACAUCGAGCAAGUUGGCGAGGGCGUAGAGAACUUUAAAGUGGGCGAUCGAGUGGUCGCGCUUCCUGAUCACAAGGCGUGGGCAGAGCUCGUCUCCGUGCCGGCCACGUCCGUUUUCGCGCUACCAGCCGGGAUGAGCUACCUCGAUGCAGCGGCGAUCACGAUGAACUACACCGUCGCUUACAUUUUGCUGUUCGAGCUGGCCAAUUUAACGCCUGGCAAGAGUCUGUUGCUUCACAGCGCCGGCGGUGGUGUGGGUCAGGCAGUGGUCCAGCUGGCCAAGACCGUGAAAGACGUGACCAUCUUUGGCGUAUGCAGUAAAUCAAAACACGAAGCCCUGAAAGCGGCCGGUACGAUCGACCACCUCUUGGAACGAGGCACGGACUAUAGCAACGAAGUUAGGAAGAUCUCGCCGGAAGGUGUGGAUAUCGUUCUGGAUUGCCUUUGCGGCGAAGAGUGUAACAAGGGUUACGCCCUGCUGAAACCUAUGGGGAAAUACAUCCUUUAUGGAUCGAGUAAUGUGGUCACCGGAGAGACUAAAAGCUUCUUCUCGGCAGCGCGAUCAUGGUGGCAAGUGGACAAGGUAUCCCCCAUCAAAUUGUUUGACGAGAAUAAGACUCUGUCUGGAUUGAAUCUACGCCACUUGAUGUACCAGCAUGGCAGCCACGCGUUCGUACGGCGAGCAGUGGAACGGGUGUUCACCUUGUGGAACGAUGGUAAAAUAAAGCCUAUGGUGGAUUCGACAUGGGCUUUGGAGGACGUUCCAGAAGCCAUGCAGAAGAUGCAUGACCGUAAGAACAUUGGUAAGAUCGUGCUGGACCCGAGUCUCGAGCCGAAACCGAAGCCAGCGACUCCAGCCAAAGGGAAAACGAAGGACAAGAAAGCGGCCAGCCAGGAGAGCCAAGAGAAGAAAGCGUCGAGUGUCGAGUCCGAGGAGGGGGAGAAGAAAAAAGAGCCUGAACUGACAAACGGAACAUCUGAAGACAAGUCCGAUAGCGAUUCUAAAGAAAAAGAAUCGAGCUGAAUUAGCGGCGCUAGCUAAUUCUAAUAUACGUAUAUUACAUAAAAAGUACAUAUAUAUAUUAAAAAAAAAAAAAAAAAAAUUGUAAAACUGAUAUCUCCCAUCCAUGAAGAUCAAGAAUUUUGCAGAUAAGUGCUCUAUUACUUCUCACUAUUCAGAGAUCUGCUACGUUUGUUGCGCUAUACGACGCUUGAUUAUUAUAUGACAAAGUAUCCGUAAAGUAUCGUGUUAUAUAAAUGACGAGUUCAUUUGGAAAACGAAAAAAAAAAAAACGUCGCGCGAAAGCGAGACGAAAACACGCAGGUAAAAAAUGAAAAUCAAGAAUUUCGAAAUGACUAGCUCAAAUCAAAUUCGACCAAAAAAAAAAAAAAAAAAGAAAGAAAGAAAAGAAAAGAAAGCAAGGAAAACUCGUUUCCCCAGAAUUCAUCAACAUGCCUCUCUCCUAUCGUCUGUUUGCGCUAAAAGAACUCUUCGAUGGAAUUCGCGAGUGAAAAAAUGGAUGCAAGAGUACAUACGAAGGUUCAUUUAUGUAUGUGAACCAGGGGGAAAGCACAAGACAAAUGUAAGGAAACAAUAUCAAUCUUGACGUGGUCCACAGUAGUUUGCAGAAUAUAAGAAUUAUCAUUUUUAUUUUUUCAUACUGACGAAAAUUCAUUUUCAUAAAAUGAUAGAGUAAAUGAACCUGACAGACUUGUUGGACGAUCUCGUAAUAAUUUUUCAUUCUCCUUUUUUUAGUCUCUUCUUUCUUUAAUCUUUGUAUUUUGUACUUAUCGAAUAUAGAACAAAAUUAUACAAUUAAAAAAAAAGAAAAAAAAAAGAAAGAAAGAAACGAAGAUCGUCUAAUGAUUCUGCACUGGCUUAGCAGAUUGCUACUUUUAUCUACUUGCAUCGAGAAUUAUUACUACUGCGAUAUGUAUACACAUAUAUGCACGCAGUGACAUUUUACAUACUAUAAUAGUACCAUUUACUGUAAUUUAAUAGAUGACAACAAAGAUAACCUAAUCAGCUUUACAGAGAAGGGAAGAAAAAAGUAUAUUAGAGAAAAAACCCUGCGUCUCAAAAGGCUGAAAAAAAGAAAAUAUGCGACUGUUACUUUUUAAAUGUAUUUUCUUAUCGAGAACGUGUUCUUUUUUUCCCCCGUACUAUUAAUUAGGUAUAACACUUGAAAUCUUUAACGAUAGUCCAAACGACACAGUCGAAUGACAUCAACCUUGUGCACUCUGUGUAUCAGGAUUCACUGUAUUAUUUUAGAUAAGUAAUUCUUCUUUUUUUUCUUUUUUUUUUUUUUUUGCAUUUUUACGGUGGAAAGUACUGAAUUACCUAACUGCCUAAAAAAGUGAGAAAGAAAAGAAAAUGCUGAUUAUCACUGAUGAACAAUUCAA